AUGGUUACCUUCAGGUUUCAUCAGUACCAGGUGGUGGGAAGAGCCCUCCCAUCUGAAAAAGAUGAGCAUCCCAAGAUCUACCGUAUGAAGCUCUGGGCCACCAAUGAGGUCCGUGCCAAAUCCAAGUUCUGGUACUUUUUGAGGAAGUUGAAGAAAGUGAAGAAAAGCAAUGGACAAGUUUUGGCCAUUAAUGAGAUAUUUGAGAAAAGUCCAACAACGAUCAAGAACUACGGAAUUUGGCUGCGAUAUCAGAGCCGAACCGGUUAUCACAACAUGUACAAGGAAUACCGGGACACUACUCUCAAUGGUGCUGUUGAAGACAUGUACACUGAGAUGGCAUCUCGUCACAGGGUUAGGUCUCCAUGCAUCCAAAUCAUUAAGACAGCCACUAUCCCUGCAAAACUUUGCAAGAGGGAGAGCACCAAGCAGUUCCAUAACUCCAAGAUCAAAUUCCCAUUGGUGUUCAAGAAGGUUAGGCCCCCAACCAGGAAGCUCAAGACGACAUACAAGGCAACCAGGCCCAACAUCUUUGUGUAA